AUGAAAACAUCGAGAACAUUUUCUCUUCUGUUGUGUACUUUCACCUGCUUCUUUGUGCGUUUAACUUAUGCAUCGGACACCCUGAGUCAUGGACAAUUCUUGUACAGCAAUCAAACCUUGGUUUCUGCCGGCGGAGUGUUUGAGCUAGGCUUUUUCAGCUCCCCCUCUUCGCCGGACACGUACAUGGGAAUCUGGUUCAAGAAUGACAAGAACCAAAAGCCAGUUUGGGUUGCAAACAGAAACAGCCCCCUUAUGGAUUCCGUUGGAACGGUGGGUUCCUCCGAAGUAUAUCUCACCAUCCGGUAUGAUGGGAACAUGGUGAUCCUUGACAGAAGAGACACUCCGUUUAUUGUGAAUUAUGGAGCAGUUGCACCAGGGAAAAACACAACUGUAACGAUUCUUGACUCGGGAAAUCUUGUCCUGAUGGAAGGAGGAGACACGUUUUGGCAGAGUUUCUAUUACCCGACGGAUACAUUUCUUCCUGGAAUGAAGUUGGGGUUGUUCAACAUAAACACUGAGGAGUCGAGGAGACAGUAUCUUGUGUCCUGGUCAAGCACUUCUGACCCUACUGAUGGUCCUUAUGCUCUAGGCAUUGAUCAAGUGAACCACACUCAGUUCAACGUCUGGCGCAGCGAUGGAGCUUUCCAACAGAUUGGAUUUUGGGAUGGCCAUGAAUUCCAUUUAUUCUUCAAAAGCAAGUCGGAUAAUCUCAACUACAGUUUCGUUUGGCAUAGUAACGAGAUUUAUCUUACUUUUAGCAAUAAAAAUAGUAGCAUGCCUUCGUGGUUCGUGGUAGCCUCGGAUGGGCUGAUUGAUGAGUUCAUGAUGGUAGGAAAUGAGAUUACGAUUGUCGAUUAUUCACUAUGCAAUGACACAAUGGCACGCAGUUCUAACGGCUGUUUGGUGCGGACGCCAUCAGCGUGCUCAGAUGGAGAUAAUUUCUCACGUGUCACAGGAAUGCUGCCGAUUUCAUUGUUUUUAAGUUGGCCAAUUCGGAUAGAUCCCUAUGACUGCGAGAUAUUGUGCAGGAACAAUUGCUCAUGUGUUGCAUAUACAUAUGAUUCUCUGCCGGAUGAUGGAACUCUAUGUCAACUUUAUUAUGGAAAUAAAACCGAUCUUCAAAGAAUCGUCAGGACAGGAAACAGCACCAUCUAUGUGCGUGGUAACGCCUUUAAAUCCGGAAUUUAUGAAUUCCGCAGUGGCACGAGAGACAGUAUGAGGCUGUUAUUGUCGCAGUUGAAUGCCGAUGAUAAUGCCAGCAGUCCUAAUCUUAUAGAAUUUGGAAGGCAGAAGGAUCAUGAGUUGCCACUGCUUAGCUUUUCAUUUAUAGUGAAAUCCACGAAUAAUUUCUCUCUUGCAAAUAAGCUUGGGCAAGGUGGUUUCGGGCCUGUUUAUAAGGGCAAAUUACUACAACACGACAUUGCAGUCAAAAGGUUAUCCAAAAGUUCUGGACAAGGACCGGUGGAGUUCAAGAACGAGGUGCAGUUAAUCUCUAAGCUCCAGCACAGAAAUCUUGUGAAGCUUUUGGGUUGUUGCAUUCAUCGAGAAGAAAAGAUACUAAUAUAUGAGUACAUGCCCAAUAAAAGCUUGGAUUCUUUCCUUUUCGAUCAAUCAAAGCGAAGGCUAUUAAAUUGGAGACAGCGCAUACACAUAAUCGAAGGGAUUGCUCAAGGGCUUCUUUAUCUUCACAAGUACUCUAGAUUAAGAAUUAUUCAUCGAGAUCUGAAAAUUAGCAACAUCUUAUUGGAUGCUCACAUGAACCCCAAGAUUUCAGACUUCGGCUUGGCUAGAAUUUUAUCUGGGAAUGAAUGUCGAGCCAAAACAAAUCGGGUUGUUGGAACAUUUGGCUAUAUGUCUCCUGAGUAUUUGAUGCACGGCCUUUUCUCAACUAAAUCCGAUGUGUUCAGCUUUGGAGUUAUUGUAUUGGAGAUUGUAAGCGGUAGGAAGAAUGCAAAUUUUUAUGAGUCAGAUCAUUCCCUAAACUUACUAGGACAUGCUUGGAACUUAUGGAAAUCUGGGCGAGCCGCGGAGCUUAUGGAUUCGACAUUGGCAGAUUCAAGCUCAAUGCAAAGCCUUGUGCUCUGCAUUCAGUUGGGUCUUUUAUGUGUCCAAGACUGCGCAGAAGAUAGACCAACCAUGUCGGAUGUUGUUUCGAUGCUGAGCAAUGAAGGAGCAACUUUACCUAACCCUAAGCAGCCUACGUAUUCGAAUUUAACGACAGAGGUUGAUAAAGCAUUAAUGGUUGAUAAACCAUUAAAUCGAUUGCCUUCCGUAAAUUUAUUAACAUUUUCGGAAGUGGAAGCACGAUAACAGCUUCGAAAGCGAAUCAAAGGUAAAUCGUUGCUUGUGUUCCAAGUAAAUGUGCAGAUGUAUAGCUAUAUGUUCUUUUUCGAACUGAUGAAGCCACCUGAGGUGGUUAUUUUCUACUUUUUUUUCCCUUCUGAAUUUUAUCCUCUACCAAAAUGUACAUAUUUAUUUUUUAUUUUCUCCAUGCACGUAUA